AUGACUGCUGGGAUGCAGAGACAAAACAUCCUACAGACCAAAACAUCCUACGGCUGGAUCGAGAUAGUGGGCUGUGCCGACCGCUCCUGUUUUGACCUGCUGUGCCACGCCCGGGCUACCAAGGUCCAGCUAGUGGCCGAGAAGCCUCUUAAAGAACCCAAAGUAGUAGAUAUCGUCCAGUUUGAGCCCAAUAAGGGAGCCAUCGGUAAAGCCUAUAAGAAGGACGCCAAACUAGCGAUGGAGUACCUAGCUGUCUGUGACGAGUGUUUCAUCACUGAACAGGAGAUGCUACUCAACAGCAGCGGGGAGUUCACCAUAGAGACGGAGGGAAAGACUUUUAAACUCACCAAGGACAUGGUCAGUGUGAAGCGCUUUCAGAAGACCCUGCAUGUGGAGGAGGUGGUCCCUAAUGUCAUCGAACCCUCCUUUGGCAUCGGUAGAGUCAUGUACUCCAUCUUCGAGCACACAUUCCAAGUCCGAGAGGGAGACGAACAGAGAACGGUAAGGGAGGCAUCAGAUGUUACAACCACUGACUGGGCUGUUAGAAGUCUUAGUUCUUCAAUGGUGUUUUUUCCCAGUGUAAUAAUGGUUUUGAAGUCUCACUUAACAGCACUAUCAACAAGGGAGGGAGGGAGGGACUAG